AUGUUUGGCUCGUUAAGGUAUCUUGCAAGGGGAACUCGAGGGAUGAUAAACGGAAGCCAAUUGAAGAAGCACGCUUUCGAUAUUGCGCAACCUUCGAUCAAGCUGAACAAGGUGGAGCAGAAAAUAUGUAGGCUGUUGAACGACUACACGGCGCUGUUUAAUGCGAAACAGGAAAAUGUGGCAGAACCGCUCACUUUGCGGAUAUCUGGUGGGUGGGUCCGUGACAAGCUGCUUGGGCAGGACUCUCACGAUUUGGACAUUGCGAUAAAUAUAAUGUCAGGGGAGCAGUUUGCGCUGCAAUUGAACGAGUUUUUGACAGAGCAUUAUGACAAGUAUGAACUUGAACCUCAUUCUAUCAACAAAAUAGAUAUAAAUCCAGAGAAAUCGAAACAUUUGGAAACGGCAACGACGAAGUUAUACGAAGUAGAGAUUGAUUUUGUCAAUUUAAGGUCAGAGGAGUACUCAGAUCAUUCGCGGAUUCCGGUAGUGAAUUUCGGUACAGCAGAAGAAGACGCUUUCAGAAGAGACGCUACCUUGAACGCCCUGUUUUAUAACAUAACGCAGGACAAAAUUGAAGAUUUUACUAAGUUGGGAUUGUACGAUUUGAAUAAAGGAAUACUUAGAACACCGCUACCGCCCAGGCAAACUUUUCUAGAUGAUCCCUUACGUGUGCUGCGGUUAAUCAGAUUUGCCGCGAGAUACAAUUUUGAGAUUGAGCCGAAUGUUUAUAAAGAAAUGCAGGACCCAGAAAUUAAUGAUGCCUUUUUGCACAAAAUAUCAAAUGAAAGAAUUGGGGUUGAAGUGCAGAAAAUUCUGAGAGGCCCAAAUCCUCUAUUGGGACUCUCGUUGAUACAAAGCACAAAAAUUGAUAAUGUUGUAUUUCGCUGGCACGAGGAUCAAGAAAUAAUAAACUUCAACGAGACUCACUGUGAAAACUUCAAUGAAAUUGAACGAUUGUACUCGAGUGGUAAACUCAAUGCUCAUUUGGAAAGAGUUAUAUCGAAGUUUGACAAGUUUUUUUCAUCAAGUUUGCCCUUUUACAGUAAUGGCAUCGAUGCGUCAGCUGAUUUUGCGAUGAAUACGAUUUUAAGUUGCUGCUUGAUACCAAUGGCAGGCUACGAUAUUAUAUGGACGUCAAAGGCGAAGAUGAAUAAUAAGAUCUCGUUGACGGAAAGUAUCCUCAAAAACUGGCUUAAGGUUGGCAAAAAUGAAUCUACUAGAAUUGCCAAAGUUGUUAACUCUUCUAAGACUUAUGAUUGUAUGGUCGAUAUGUUUUACCGCUCAAGGAAUGAUCAAGCUUCGUUAAAAAGAUCAGAUUUGGGAAUUUUCCUGAGAGAUUUCAAAGGCGACUGGGAAACUGUCCAUUACGUAUCUCUAUUCAAUCACUUUCUGUAUUCACAGCAGAGCUAUUACGAAAUGGAAAAAAAAUACAAAUAUUUACGCAGUGCCAUAUAUAAUCAAAAUUUGGAAAACGCUCACCAAUUGAAGCCAUUGCUGAAUGGAAAAGAAGUAUUACAAGGCCUUAAUAGGAAAGCUGGUCCAUGGUUGGGAAAAGUUAAUGAACAAGCCAUAUAUUGGCAAUUUGAUAAUCCAAACGGAACAAAAGCCGAAUUGCUGGAAUAUAUGAAAUCCAUAGCACCAAAAUACGUAUAA